GCAGCUCAUACACCAAGUCGACGUCUCAUCCCGCAUCCCGCGCUGCAUCUCGCCCUGCAUCUGUUCACAGCACAGGCUCUUCAAAUGGAAACGGAUAUGAUGAUGAAAUCCGCUACCGAACGAAUCUCGGCACACGGCUGGAUACCCCAGCAAGCCCUGGCUGAUGGGUCUCGUGGGCUGGGUGUUCUGCUCAGACAGUCCAGAGGAAACUACGUUUGCUGUCCUGAGCACAUCGACAACCAGCUCCUCGGUGCGGCACAGCGUCUCAAUGUGGGCGUCAUAGCCACAUUGCGGCUGCACAUGCUGUACCCCAUCAUCGCGGGCAUGCAUGAAGGACAGACGGAACUCAUCAUGAGAGGGGGCUGGCAACUACAAGUGAUCGAGUCCCUCGCCGCGGUCUCAUCCUCUAGCGUCAAGAAAUUUCAAUACGCUGCCAUCCUGAGAAAAGAAGGCUUGUUGCUCAUCUGGCAAGAUGAGAUCUCUCAGAUCUUGACUCAUGCGCAGCGCAUGGAGGACAAGCUUUUGAAUUACGUCUGGGGUGGUGCUAUGGUCGCCACACCAGACGAGGUAAGCGACAGUGAAGAAGGUCUAGACAGGGAAGCCGUCGAGCCAACAGAAUCCGUCAACCGGCCCGUGAUGAUUCACAGUGCUUUCUUUGUCGGAAUGGGCAUCUGUCUGGCUAUAGUGUUGGUCUAUGGCUUCGCAGUCGGCCAGCUCGUCUCGGAGUGUUUCUUGGACGGCAACUAUAUGCGGCUCGCUCUCAUUGUCGCCUGCCCCUUGCUCAUGUGUGCGGGGCUGUUCUUCUUCCAGGUCAUCUUUGGUGAUCUGUGGCAGAUUGCAGGACCCAUCAGUGGUCUCAAGACGAAUUCCCGCACAUAUUCCUGCAUUAAGCCCAACCUUCGUCAGGCUUACUCACUGGGCUUCGAACCACCACAUAUCACGAUUCAGAUGCCUGUCUACAAAGAGGGCAUGGACAGUGUCAUCAUCCCCACUGUUCGAAGCCUGCAGACAGCUAUCUCGUACUAUGAGUCACGAGGUGGAUCGGCGUCCAUUUUCAUCAACGACGACGGCAUGCGGGCUAUCACAGAGGAGGAAGCCCAAGUUCGCAGGGACUUCUAUCAUGACAACGAUAUCGGCUGGGUUGCAAGACCAAAGCAUGGCGACGAUGGGUUUGAGCGCAAAGGCAAGUUCAAGAAGGCCUCAAACAUGAACUUCGCCCUCAACCUUUCCCAACAGGUCGAGGCCUACAUGCAGGAGGCUGUGGACGCCCGAGCCGCACAGCAGCCCGGGUACAAUGACAUGGAGCCGGUGAUGCUGGAGGAGAAUGAGCUUGGCGAGAUCUACGAUCAGUGCUUGGAACGCGCUCUGAGAGAGAAUCCCAGAGCUAUGGCGGGAGGGGAUAUCCGAAUUGGGGAAUUCAUCCUGAUCGUGGAUUCUGAUACACGAGUACCCGUGGAUUGUCUUCUUUAUGGCGCUGCUGAGAUGUUCUUGUCGCCUGAAGUCGCUAUUGUUCAGCACUCGACAGGCGUCAUGCAGGUGGCAUGGGAUUACUUCGAGAACGGCAUUACCUUCUUCACGAACAUGGUCUACACUGCAAUUCGGUUCUCCAUUGGCUCGGGUGAGGUCGCACCCUUUGUUGGCCACAACGCUUUUAUUCGAUGGGCUGCGGUUCAAGACGUUGGGUCAGACUCGGACGAUGGAUACAUUGCCUAUUGGUCUGAAAGCCACGUUUCUGAAGACUUUGACAUCGCCCUGCGAAUGCAGAUCAAGGGAAGCACUGUUCGAAUCGCCAGUUACCACGGUCAGGGUUUCAAAGAGGGUGUCUCCCUGACAAUCUAUGACGAGAUUGCUCGAUGGCAAAAGUACGCAUACGGUUGUAGUGAGAUGGUGUUCCAUCCAUUUUACAGAUGGCCGACCAAGGGACCAUUCACUCCACUCAUCAGAAAGUUCUUGGGCUCAGACAUGCAACUAUCAUCUAAGAUCAGUGUCUUUGCCUACAUCUGUUCAUACUUUGCUAUUGGUGUUGGUAUGCCCAUGACUGUCCUCAACUAUUUUCUAGUUGGAUGGUUCGAUGACUCCUUGGAUCACUUCUACCUCCCCUCAUGGAAGGUCUUCGUCUCGCUUCUUGUCGUGUUCAAUCUAGUUGGCGGCGUUGCACUCGCAAUCAUCAGGUAUCGCACUGGUGAGCGCAAGCUCCUCAGUUCUCUGAUCGAAAACUUCAAGUGGACACCGAUGAUGGCAAUUUUCUUCAGCGGCCUCUCCUUCCACGUCAGCCUUGCUCUUUUGGCUCAUCUGUUCCAUAUCGACAUGCAGUGGGGCGCUACAUCUAAGGAAAAGGAGGACUCAAAUUUCUUCCAGGAGGUGCCCAAGAUCCUCAAGACAUUCAAAUACCUUUACAUCUUCGUCAUAAUCUUUACUGGUGGCAUGAUUUACCUGUCUCACUGGGCGCCCCGUGGCUGGACUAUCACAGACUUCACUGCAAUCGUCCCGAUGUCGGUCGUUCUGGGCUGCCACGCCUUAGCACCUCUUGUUCUGAAUCCAUCCCUCAUGGUUUUCAACUAUUGAGCCGGGCGUUCUGAGUCGACACUCAAAUUUGGAACAUGGGCCUUUCGUGCGUGAAGAAUACGCUUUUUUUCAUGCACAGGCAUGGCGGAAGGUUGAAGUGGUAUAUGAGUUUUUCCGAUCUAUCAUGACUUAAUGACCUUUUAAGGGAGCCAAUCCAGAGGGGAAAUAAAAAUACAAGUGGGCUAUAAACUGGAAAUAGAUAUACAAUAAUUACACAGGCACGAAUACAAAUACAGUUCUCAUUU